AUGCACAUCUGCACCAUCCCCUACGCAGACGUAGCCGCCAACUACGAAGAAGUCAAAAACUUGCGAGAUACAUCGCACCCAACCUCGCGCUCCCAACGCUUCAUACCGCACACCACACACCGCCUGGACAUCCUUCCCGCCGUCCCCGAAUCAUCUACCUUCACGCACGACCAGAACAUGCGUGAGAGCAAUGUGGGUCAAAUUUCGAUAUUUUGGUACGAGGACCUGACGCGGUGCUACGCUGCAUGGGUCGCCACCAACCGCUUUCCUCCAGAUCUCGUCACCGAAACCGUCAAGGCAUGGCAGUCCACACGCCGUGGGAAGGCUUUGCCCCCCCUCCUCAAUGGAGAGAAGAAGUGGUUCAUCCGCCUUUCGCAAAUGUCGUCCAAGGACUCGCCCGUCGGCGGCAAAGAGCCCCCGACGUCGUUACCAAGAUCUGCAGCAGUAUGCGCGCCUGGGAUUGUUUGCAAAACGAAAAGCAAGACGCAGCGACCGAGGAAAGAGAGAUGA